AUGUCGCGGCUUCGAGCUGUCCAGGCUCCGCCCCCUCCGCCGCCGCUGCCGCUGCCGCCCCGGCUGCCGCGCCGCGCCGCGCUGCUGCCGCUUCCUCCGCCGCCCCCGCCUCCUCUGCCGCCACCGGCCAGCAGCCCGCCAGCCGCGGGGCCCCGCCGGCCCAAGCCCGCAGCUGCCGCCGCCGCAGCCUCCGGGCGCUGGGCGCGCGGGCAGCCGCGGAGCGAGCGGACCCAAGCGGGCGGCCAGGCGUUUGCCCGCCCGGUGCCACCGCCGCAGCCGCCGCUCCGGAGCGCAGGACCAGGUACCUCCAGAGCCUGCCGUCGCCGCCGAUGCGGCCCGGGCACUUUUAACUGGGCGGGAGGGCCGGAGAGCCGGGCCGCCCAGAGCAGCGAGCGAGCUGCGCCGCUGAGAGCCGCGCUGACCCGCAGCGAGCAGGGACGGACGCCCGCCCGUCGCCGCCACCCGGCCGCUAUGGAUCUAUUCGACUUUUUCAGGGACUGGGACUUGGAGCAGCAGUGUCACUAUGAACAGGACCGUAGUGCACUUAAAAAAAGGGAAUGGGAGCGGAGGAAUCAAGAAGUUCAGCAAGAAGAUGAUCUCUUUUCUUCAGGCUUUGAUCUUUUUGGGGAGCCCUACAAGACAAACAAAGGUGAUGCCCUUGCCAACCGAGUCCAGAACACGCUGGGAAACUAUGAUGAAAUGAAGGAUUUGCUUACUAACCAUUCUAAUCAGAAUCAUCUAGUGGGAAUCCCAAAGAAUUCUGUGCCCCAGACUCCCAUCAACAAAAAUGAACCAAGCUUUUUUCCAGAACAAAAGAACCGAAUGCUUCCACCUCACCAGGAUAAUACCCACCUCUCAGCACCAAUGCCUCCACCUUCUGUUGUGAUACUGAAUUCCACUCUAAUACACAGCAACAGAAAACCGAAGCCUGACUGGCCACGAGAUAGUCAUAAUCCUAGCAGUGUACCAGCAAGCCAGACCAGUAGUCAGCCAAACAAGAUGCAGACUUCUACACAGGAUCAGCCUCAGGCAAGACUUGAAGACUUCUUUGUCUACCCAGCUGAACAGCCCCAAAUUGGUGCAGUUGAAGAGUCAAAUCCAUCUGUAAAGGAAGAUGGUAACCCCAAGACUGGGGGAGAAGAUGCUUUCAAAGAAAUCUUUCAAUCCAAUUCACCAGAAGAUUCUGAAUUUACGGUGCAAGCACCUGGGUCUCCCCUAGUGGCCUCCUCUUUAUUAGCUCCUAGCAGUGGCCUUUCAGUUCAAAACUUCCCACCAGGGCUUUACUGCAAAACCAAUAUGGGACAGCAAAAGCCAACUGCAUAUGUAAGACCCAUGGAUGGCCAAGAUCAGGCACCAGACAUCUCUCCAACACUGAAACCUUCCAUUGAAUUUGAAAACAGCUUUGGGAAUCUGUCAUUUGGAUCACUCUUGGAUGGAAAACCCAGUGCAGCCAGUUCAAAGACUAAACUGCCAAAGUUCACGAUCCUCCAAACAAGUGAAGUAAGUAAUUUUUAAAGUUUUGUUUCCUUCUUUUUACACUUUACU